ACUCCUGUCGUCGUACUGAGUCCGUUGUAAUGGACCGGAGAAAGCUCGCUCCGCGGGCGGUGGAAGUGCUGACUCAUCCCCGUAACCAAGUGGCGGAGAGACGGUUACAGGUUGAUCUAAGAAAGCUGGACCUCCAUGCGGCUAGGGCGGCCCACAAGAUUAAGAACGAGAUCAAGUUGCUGAGGGCGACUAUCCCGAGCUCUAACGGCAGCGGCAUGAGGAAACGGUCCAUCCACGAGUUCCCUCAUCUCCAAGGCGCCAUGUUCGGACACAAUGGAGAGGUGAAGAGGCCAGUUUCCCGUCAGCUGAAGAACACUAUCUACCGUGCCUCCGUGGAGCUGGUGCGCCCGCCGUCCAUCUACGACUCCGCGGACAAAGAUGGCGUCCCCGUCAUUCAGGUGGAGGACGAGAAAGAAGAAGAAAAGGAGAACGAGGAGCAGGAAAAUGACUCGGACGAUGACACCAUGUCAGAGGACCUGCCGAUGGUGCCGUUCCAAACACAGAUCACCCUCCCCAAGUUCCACCUGCUGAUCCACGCCCUGGUGAACAAGUCUCGUGCGGCGGGUACGGGCCUACACCGCGCCCUGGCCCCCGAAAAGAACGCCCGGUUCAAGGCUAUAGUACGGGCCGCGCUCAACAAGUCCCGGUUAGAGAAAAAGGCACAACUCGACAGAGAAAACGCAGACGAUGGCAUUGCAGAUUGCUCAACCUCCACGACAACAGCGGAAAAGAAGAACGACGAUCUCAAAUAUGACGCAUCGUACCAGAAGCAGAGCAAUGCAUCUCGAGGUCGCAAGGCGGCGCCAGGAAAGCAAAGCAGCACCAAGGACAUGGCAACAGUGCCAUCCACGACCAGUUGUGGGAAGGAGGAAAGGCGGGCGGUAUGUCCUGCACCUGGCAUGUCUGCUCGCUCCAAGUCAGCUCCAAAUCUAAAACUGACACCAGAAAAUCUAGAAGCUAACUCUAAGAUGUAUCGCGAGCGAGUUCUGACGACCAACCAGUUUCUGAACAGUCUCGCACCCACCACCCAGCCAUGGAGGACCCAGUCGGCGCUCGCCGGCCGUCGCCACCCGUCGGGAUCUUUCGACACAGCAUCGGCAACCGUCGGCGGCACUCGCGCGACGAAAAGUGCCGGAGUCUCCCGAAGUUUCGGAGGUUAUAUGUACGGUGAAUAUUACCACCCCGCCGCGUCUACCACAUGCACAAGGACUGGCCAUCCGAGUGAGAGAUUUCCCGUCUACAACGCAUGGCAGAUCAAGAAAGCCCAGCCGGAGCAGCCGAGAGUCCCUAUUUGGAAGCGCAAGUCCGUGCGAGACAACUGCUCAGCCUGUCGAAACAAGCUCCGACAGGAAAGAUCCGUGGAACUGUCCAAGGCGUUCCGCAGUGCCUGGGAGGUACCUGCCGAUGGCAGCCGGAGUCCCAGCGCGGUACCCCCGGGAGAAAGUCGAGCCAACAGCGCGGUACCCCUCGGGACCAGUCGGCCUGCUACCGCCAUGUCUCCGGGAGGAUACCGUAGCGCCAGCGUAGUGUCUCGAGUGAGUCUUCGGGGCAUCAACUUGGAGUCGCCGGGAGGAUUCCGUAGCGCCAGCGCGCUGACACACAGGGGGGACGGGAGACUGGAGGCUGAGGCAGGGACUGGGAGGCCCGGCAGUGUCGCUGGAGACCCGGCAGGGACUUCCAAACAAACGGACACAAAGACCGACGGCUCCCACCCACCCCCUGACAAGCCAGGCUCAAAAGUAGUAAAGAAUGACCUUUUGAACGCCGAGAGGUUGGAGGAGUUCCGGAAACAACUGGAGAAAAACCAGCAGAUGCGCACAGCCAACACCAUGGCAACUAACAUCGCUUUCUUCGGGCUCAGGUCGUGAUAUGAUUUAAUUUGUGAUAUUAUAAUU